CAAAGUUUGUUUUGAUGUUUAUGUCACGUCAGCCAAAAAACCAACGUUUGCAUUUAUCUCUUGAUAAAAGUUAUAUUAUUUCUUUAAUAAUACAUAUUCAAUGGAUUUAAAAACCUUCGGCGAAGAUGAUUUUGAUCCCAAAAAAUGGAUAAACAGAGCAUGGAGUUCAAGUGGAAACCAGGAGAAAGAGGUGUUUGUAGCGAACACAGUGUCAAGACUACAACUGUACAUGAAGCAACUUACCAACUCACUGGAUGAGACCACCACACAAAUAGUAAACUCAAUACCCCGCACCCUGCAAGAUGCCGCAGCGCUCCAACUGGAUGGAGCCCUUCUGCAGCAGCGACUCCUGUCGCUCGAGGGGAAAGUGGAAAGCGUGGAGGAACAGACGGGGCACUCUAUACUGAGCUUGCAGCGGAUUGACCAGCUAAAGAGUCGGUUGGAGAAUGCAGCUUCAGCGCUCCGCGAGGCAGACAAAUGGGCAGCCCUGGCGACCGCGUUAGAAGACGUGCUUGAAUCUGGUGUACCCAAUAAACCAGAGGAGUUAGAGGCCUUAGCAGGACAAGUGACAGCCCUGACACAUAGUCUUGAAGUGUUAACCGAGGCUUCAGACUACGAGAGCAAGCGUUUGCAGUUGGAGGCGUUGUAUAACCGGCUCGAGGCGGCGCUGAGCGCGCCCUUCCUUACUGCACUCGAGCAAGGAGACAAGGACUACGAGAGCAAGCGUUUGCAGUUGGAGGCGUUGUAUAACCGGCUCGAGGCGGCGCUGAGCGCGCCCUUCCUUACUGCACUCGAGCAAGGAGACAAGGACUACGAGAGCAAGCGUUUGCAGUUGGAGGCGUUGUAUAACCGGCUCGAGGCGGCGCUGAGCGCGCCCUUCCUUACUGCACUCGAGCAAGGAGACAAGGACUACGAGAGCAAGCGUUUGCAGUUGGAGGCGUUGUAUAACCGGCUCGAGGCGGCGCUGAGCGCGCCCUUCCUUACUGCACUCGAGCAAGGAGACAAGGAACGUACAGCAUGCUACGUGUCUCUAUUCCGAGGCAUGAACCGUGCAUCAUCCGCCGCGCGAUGUUGGCGCCGUUCUGUCUGUACGUCAUUAGCGACGCAAUGGCGCCGGUCGGCGGGGCAGCCGGCGCCACGCGUCGCCGCGCUCGCGGGGAAGGGAGAGGCACACACGCAUGUAAGAUACUAUCUCUGUCUGCGCGUCAUUAGCGACGCAAUGGCGCCGGUCGGCGGGGCAGCCGGCGCCACGCGUCGCCGCGCUCGCGGGGAAGGGAGAGGCACACACGCAUCGACGCAAUGGCGCCGGUCGGCGGGGCAGCCGGCGCCACGCGUCGCCGCGCUCGCGGGGAAGGGAGAGGCACACACGCAUGUAAGAUACUAUCUCUGUCUGCGCGUCAUUAGCGACGCAAUGGCGCCGGUCGGCGGGGCAGCCGGCGCCACGCGUCGCCGCGCUCGCGGGGAAGGGAGAGGCACACACGCAUAUACUAUCUCUGUCUGUACGUCAUUAGCGACGCAAUGGCGCCGGUCGGCGGGACAGCCGUCGCCACGCGUCGCCGCGCUCGCGGGGAAGGGAGAGGCACACACGCAUGUGGAGUGGCUAACCAAUGUGUUGAAAUCGGAGACCCCGUACGCUGAACUGGUGCGAUUAUAUACGGACUUACUGCAAUCGUUAGACCCCUCACCCGCUAAGGUGGUGUCAGCCAGGCUCAAGCUGUGCUCGGACCCUGAAGAGGGCAUACUCCUCCUGAUCGAGUUACGACGAGAUAUCGACGAGUUCCUCGCCUCCAUUAGAGCUGUCAUCGAUGAACCUGCUAAAAAUAAAGAGGUGGUACCACCAUCCACACUACAAGAGCUAGGUGUCGCCGCGUACGCUCCGCUCAAGGAUCUGCUGCCUAAAUACACCGAUCUACAACGACAAGUGUUCUUGGCGUACCUCGAGGGCCCACAGCUGAGACAGGACGACAUCUUAGAGCAAUCACGUGCAAUAUUAACUGUAUCCGAGAGGUGUGAAGGCUGGCUCGACACGGCUUACGGCAAAGCUAAGAAGAUCGCAAGUGACGCCGCGUGGCCACACUAUGCUCCCACUGUUGAGGCGUUCUUCACCGCCGUAUGCGCCCUAAUAUCAUCGCACAGCCGCCGCAUAGAACAGGAGUUCCAAACGAGCAGGGGCGGAGUCCUAAGCGCGGCCUGCCCCGCCGCCGUCACCCUCGAGAGGGCCGCCGCUCAAGCCCUGGAGGCUGCCGGGACACUGCCAACGUGUGAUACAGAGCAACCGUCCCACCCGCUGACCGACCUACCCUCACUUCUCCUGGACGCGGACGGGCGCUGUAAGCUCCCGGGGGCGCGGGCGGAGCCCCCGGCCUCCGUGUCGGCGCUCCGGCGCGCCGCGCGGCAGCUGCGCGCGCUCGCGAGGGCCAUAGUGCGCGGCCCCGUCGACGCGCAACUAGAUAAAAUCCCAUCCCUGAAUGUGUGGAGCAACAACGACGCCUUGUCCACUGACUUGCCGGACUUCUCUCUGUCACCACAGGAGUAUAUCACUGAGAUCGGUCAAUACCUCAUGACGCUGCCGCAGCAUCUCGAGAUGCAUCUGUCAGAGAAGCAGGCGCCCUGGCAAUUCCUGUCUGAGAUUUGCACGCACACAUGCGAGGUGUACGCCGAGAAGAUCCUAAACAUCAGAAACAUGGACGCACUAGGGACCAAGCGGUGCCUCACGGACAUUGUUUACCUGUCCAGCGUUGUGGAAGACCUCGGUACCGCAGUGACGCCAUCUUUGAAGAACCUGGAGCGAUCACUGCGCGUUGCCACCCCGCAACACGAAUAAACCACGCAACGCCCAGUGUGCAAUAUAAUG